AUGGCUCAGUCACCAUCAGGCGCAUCAUCAUCAUCACCUUUCCCGGUUGGGCAGAUUUUCUCCAAUGGCUUGGGAAACGAACCCCCGUUGUCGGCUGACAACCCAACAAUCGGAUACAAACUCAAUCAUUUCAUGUUGCGAGUGCGCGACCCCGUUCGGUCUUUGCAUUUCUACGUGAACCUUAUGGGCAUGCGUACAGUCUUCACAUGGAACGUUGGACCUUUCACUAUCUACUACCUCGGGUACCCGCAGUCAGAACAUCACCGGCUAGACCUUUCAGCGUUUGGCAAGGAAACGUUACCCGUUCUCGCUCAUACUCUGGGUCUCAUGGAAUUAUAUCACAUUCACGGAUCAGAGAACGAGCCCGAGGGAUAUUAUAGUACCGGUAACGUACCCCCAAAUUUGGGCCUGGGACACUUGGGCUUUUCCGUGCCCGACGUUGCGACAGCACUGCAGCGUCUCAAGCGUCAUGGGGUGGAAGUGAUCAAAGACUUGGGCAUUUCAACCCGGGAAGCUAUCCCCCUGAGCCAAUGGGAAGCGCAGCGUGGUAUCGGAUUAGGCGAACUCCACAAGAGCUAUGAUGACGUUUUCAAACAAAUUGCAUUCAUCAAAGAUCCCGCAUGUUUUACACACCGGCGUUUGUUUAAUUGUCCAGUUUCACUGUGA